AUGGCUACCGGGCAGUAUAGCAACCAAACGGUGAUAGGGGAACAGUUCAUGCCACCGCCCCCGGGGGAGCUGGCAAUCUUGGGGAUGCCAUCGUCUCUGGAAAAUGGUUAUAAGGUUACAGAUGCUAGUGAAACUCUCAUUUUCCAAGUCAAAAGUAAGUGUGUAUUUAGAAUCAAUGAUAUCCGAUAUCUGCAAGACGCAGCUGGCAACACACUCGUUACUCUCAGACCGAAGAUUCCUUUGAUGGACGACAGAGAAGCGAGAAUAACUGUGGCAGUGGGCAUGGAAUCAGCUGGUGAGUGGUUGGAGAAAGCAUUGAUAAAUUUGGGUUUGGAUUUGGAUAGGGAUAUAAUCUCUGGUUUAGUCUCCUAUUGCAAUUUCGCUCAACCUCUUGACGCCAAAGAGUAUCUCCUUAAUAUAAUUGGGCAGGAAGCCAGCAAAGGUGUGAUUGAGGAAUAUUUACGGCGUAGAGGUCAGCUAGAUCUUGUCAGUAGCACAUCAGCAGUUCAAACUUCAAAACUUCAGCCAUAUAUCAAACCAGUAUCAGAAGAAUAUGCUGUCAGUGGAAGCAUGAAACCAGUCAGAACAUCUAAAGAUGCUAUAGUUUCCAGUCAUCAUGGACAAGCAGAACCAAAAACAAACACUGUUUCGAGUUAUCAAGGAAACAGGGUCCCAACAGAGGCCAGUGAGUCAAGCCAAAAAGGGAUCCAAGGGAAGUCUAAGAAGAAGAAAGCUGGAAAAGUUGUUUCACUUGCAGAGGCUGCCAAAGGGUCAAUUGUCUUCCAACAGGGUAAGCCAUGCCCAUGCCAAGCCCGUCAGCACAAACUGGUGAGUAAUUGUUUAUCCUGUGGAAAGAUUGUCUGCGAACAAGAAGGGGAGGGGCCUUGCAGUUUUUGUGGUGCCCUUGUGUUAAAGGAAGGUAGUACAUACGCCGGGCUGGAAGAAAGUGUGGCUCCUAUAUCAGAUGCUGAAGCGACAGCUGAAGCUUAUGCUAAAAGGCUUGUAGAGUAUGAUCGAAACUCUGCAGCACGUACAAGUGUUAUUGAUGACCAAAGUGAUUACUGUGAGAUGGAAGGCAACAACUGGCUGUCACAGGAGGAGAAGCAACUUUUGAGGAAGAAACAAGAGGAAAUAGAAGAAGCUGAACGGGCCAAGAGAAAUAAAGUGGUUGUGACUUUUGAUUUGGUUGGACGAAAGGUCCUCUUGAAUGAAGAUGAAGUUUCAGAGCUUGAGUCAGAGAACAGAAUACUCAGGCCACCAGAUGAAGGAAAGAGAGAUGUGAAUCGAAUUAAACCAAAUCCAAGUCUUCGAAUACAACCCAUAUUUUUGGAUCCAGGACCUCAGAAAAAGCCUGAUAAGGGCAAGCAAUCAAACAAGGGUGGCCUUUCCAAUGGUUUGUGCCUGGAGAUAACUGGUAGGGUGCAGCAUGACAGCAAUGAAUUGAAAUAUUUUAUGAUGGACAAGCAGCUGAAAACAGCUUCCAGUAGAAAUCGUGGCAAGGUCCUCAAUUAA